AUGCGACCUGAGGCCGACCAGUCGACUUACCAAUGCCAGCCGCACUUGGUUGCCCUCACCGCAGAUGCCAAGAACGACCUAGAGCUGCUCUCCACGCAAUCCUCCUCCAAGCCGUCCGAUUCGCCCCGCCCACUGCGCCCAGCUCCCCCCUCCGUGUUCUGGAACUCUGCAUUCUCGACCACCAACGAGCAAAUCUUCCACUCGUUCGCCACGGCCGCGACAGUAUUGGGAGCGAGUCUCGUUGCACGAGCGUGGGCGAGCGCCGCAGCUGCUGAGCUGAGUGUCCGCGAUAGUAACAUUGAGCUGGGGCUGCUCGCCUUCAAGUCCGGUGAAGUGGAGGAAUGCCAAACCCUUCGUCAAUUGAGUACAAUGGGUUUGGUCAGCGAGAAGGCGAUAUCAAGUGUUAGUGACGUGAAAGGCGGCUGGCGCCAAGUGCACCAUGUUGUUUGUGCUGCCCAUCUGUGGCCAUGCUCGUUCUUGCCAUCCCCCGUGCGUGGACAAACUGGCUUCGACAAACACAUCGUACAGCGAGAAGAGGAUGGUGUUCCGUCAUUGACCUCCGAGCUCUCGCCGCUGUCAAUCAGCAGUUAG